GACGGCUUGAGAUCGCCACAAUACCGUAGCUGCGUUUGUCAAAUAUCCAUCCAUCCAUCCAUUUUUUACCGCUUAUUCCCUUUUUGGGGUCGCGGGGGGCGCUGGUGCCUAUCUCAGCUACAAUCGGGCGGAAGUCGGGGUACACCCUGGACAAGUCGCCACCUCAUCACAGGUUUAUCCAAUAUGAGUCAUUAAAUGACUCCCGCCUCCUGGUGGUAGAGGGCGCUAGUGAUCCUUCUUGCGACUACUUGGCUGCAGAAGAAGUGAAAUGAGUGACGUGAUAUGUGCUGGAGGAGGUAAUAAAGGAAGAUCUCCAUUGAGACAGAGAGACUUUUAAAUUUGAAGAAAGAUAAGGAAGACUUCUAUAAACAAGUUAUCGAUGCUUUUGAUCGGAAGGAGCUGGCAUGGACUAUAUUUAUAAGUAAAGGUAAGACCAUAGUAAAAAAAUUUUUAAUCAAAUGUGCUUUUCAUGAUGGCAUCCUUACAUCACACUCAAAUUUUUACUGCAUGCCUUUGGUAAGUGCUGGAGUGAGAAGAGGUUUUAAAAUAAUUAGCGCAUGCUUACUUUUACCGCAUUCCUUUGGUAAGCGCAGGAGUGAGAAGAGGUUUUAAAUUAAUUAGCGCCCCGGCGGCAAUUCAAGGAAAUACGGUAUAUAGAUUUAUUUAUUAAAGGUGAACUGAGCAAAUUGUCUAUUUCUGGCAAUUUGUUUGUGUGUGUAUCAAACUGGUAGCCCUUCGCAUUAAUCAGUACCCAAGAAGUAGCUCUUGGUUUCAAAAAGGUUGGUGACUCCUGGUAUAGAACAUAUUUAGUAACUAUAAUACUAAAAAACAGCACAUCGAGAAAUAGGCCAUUCAUACGUCAAGCCACACUCCACCUCACAAGGUGGCGGUAAUGCACACUAAAAGUUGCUAAGCGCCAAUAAAUAAAAACGAAGAACAGCGAGACGAAGCUGAUUGGCCAGACACACAUCAGUCGCAGUAAGCUCACAUUUCAUUGGUUCGCUGCUCCUGUGUAAGCUCACAUUUAAUUGGUCUGCUGCUCCCGUGUAAGCUCACAUUUCAUUGGUCUGCUGCUCCUGUGUUGUCAUCGCUCUCUUCCUAGCUUAAGUCAUCUGUAACAUUUGUGGAGGAAUUAUCUUUCAAGUUUGUCCCCCGAUGCCCGGAUCUACUAACUGUACAUCUGCAAGUGUGAACUUCCGGGCGGUGACAGCCACCAUGUCGGUGACUGUCCACGAGAAUCGGAAAUCCCGCACCAGCACAGGGUCCAUGAACAUCUCUCUCUUCCAUAAACCGUCGCACCCCGACUGCGUCUUGACGCACUUGAACACCAUGAGGAAACAAUGCCUGUUUACAGAUGUCACGCUGUGGGCCGGGGAUCGCUCCUUCCCGUGUCACAGGGCGGUCUUGGCAGCCUGCUGCCGUUAUUUUGAAGCCAUGUUCAGCGGGGGACUGCGAGAAAGUAUGGACAGUGAGGUUCAUUUCAGAGACACCAUUCACCCUGAGGUCUUGGAACUUCUGCUGGAUUUUGCCUACACAUCUCGAGUCAUUAUAAAUGAAGAGAAUGCAGAGUCGCUGUUAGAGGCAGGAGACAUGUUGCAGUUUCAUGACAUCCGUGAUGCUGCAGCAGAAUUCUUAGAAAAAAACCUGCACUCUUCCAACUGUUUGGGAAUGAUGCUGCUAUCAGAUGCCCAUCAGUGUAAGAGAUUGUACGAGCUGUCUUGGAGGAUGUGCCUACUACACUAUGAGACGGUCCGGGACUCUGAGGACUUCUACAGUUUAACUAAAGAGAAGCUGCUGGAACUUAUCCUUAGUGAUGAAUUGGAGAUCGAAGAUGAACAGGUUGUUUUUACCUCAGUUAUGCGGUGGGUUCGCUACGACUUGGACUGCCGGCGCCACUAUUUGCCAGAGCUGCUCACGGGCAUCAGAUUGGCUCUUCUCCCCUCUGAAUGUCUGCUGGAGGCUGUCGCAUGUGAAGAACUAGUUAUGGCUGACAAGAGGAGCAGGGUAAUUGUAGAAGAGGCAAUGCAAUGUAAAAAAAGAAUUCUUCAAAAUGACGGAGUUGUGACCAGUCCUUGUGCUCGACCACGCAAGGCAGGCCACACCUUGCUUAUAUUAGGAGGCCAGACUUUCAUGUGCGACAAGGUAUACCAGGUUGACCACAAAGCCAAGGAGAUCAUACCAAAGGCAGACCUUCCCAGCCCAAGAAAAGAAUUCAGCGCGUGUGCCAUUGGUUGUAAGGUUUACGUGACGGGAGGAAGAGGGUCAGAGAACGGUGUGUCGAAGGACGUGUGGAUCUAUGACACAGUCCAUGAAGAAUGGUCCAAAGGAGCACCCAUGCUAAUAGCGAGGUUUGGCCAUGGUUCAGCUGAGUUGGAGAACUCUCUGUAUGUGGUCGGAGGUCAUACAGCCAUUGCUUCGGUUUUCCCCGCCUCUCCAUCCGUCUCUUUAAAACAGGUUGAGCGAUAUGACCCCGUCAGUAAUAAGUGGACUAUGAUGGCUCCUUUAAAAGAUGGCGUCAGUAAUGCAGCGGUGGUCAGUGCUAAAUUAAAACUGUUUGUUUUUGGGGGCACCACUAUACACAGAGAGAAAGCAUCUAAGGUCCAAUGCUAUGAUCCUGUUGGGAAUCGCUGGACUAUUGCAGCCGAGUGCCCGCAACCAUGGCGAUACACAGCAGCUGCCGUCUUAGGGAGUCAGAUCUUCAUCAUGGGUGGUGACACGGAAUUCACAGCGGCCUCCGCCUAUCGCUUUGACUGCGAAACAAACCAGUGGACUCGCGUGGGCGACAUGACCGCGAAACGGAUGAGCUGCCACGCCGUGGCCUCAGGAAACAAGUUGUACGUUGUUGGAGGUUACUUUGGCACGCAGAGGUGUAAAACGUUGGAUUGUUACGACCCGACAUCCGACAGUUGGAACUCUAUCACCACGGUGCCUUAUUCUUUGAUCCCUACCGCCUUUGUCAACACGUGGAAACACCUACCUGCCUAAGUGGGAUCCAGUUUGAGGUGUGCAUGUCAUCCACUGACUGGCGGAAAAAAAACUGAAAAGAAUCCUCCCUGCAGGUGUCUUCCGACGAGGACUGAAAGUAGACACAGAGUCUUAAAAUGACUUUAUGUCGGUCUGUGUUGGAGCAUCUAGAUCUUACAAUUAUUCAAGAGUUGCUCUGUAUGGGAUACUUUCAGAGUAAUAAUCUGCCAUAGCACAAAUAGGUUGGUGUAUUUGUUCGCCAAUUAAUCACUCACUAAGUAAGGUUGGGCAUCGUUUGAAUUUGGACCAUUCCGAUUCCACAUUUGGAUUUUUUAAGAGACUGUGUCAGUAAUACAUUCCUCAUGGGGCUAUGUACAACCAGUAUAACUUAUGAGUUUGUGUAUACAUACAGUAUAUUAUGAACAUUUUUGUCAGCAUAAGUACACUUUUACAAAAGUUUCACUUUGUUUUUGUAAACCUCACUUUAAAAAACA